AUGGGCGACGGUGCCCACAUGCGCCUGGUUGUUACUCCAGGAGACCAGCCUGAGCUACAUAUCGAGCUGUUGGAACCCUCACGUCAGGAUGAAGAGCAUAUACUAUCAUGGCACCAGCACUUGUCAACCUGCCUCGGGAUAGCUGCAGUCGCUGCUCAAGUCUUUGAUCCCGACCAGGGCAGCUCGCAAGGAUGGGACUCCUCGGCCGUCGGCACCAACAAAACGGCCAAUGCCACAUACUCGAAUCCCGUCAUGACCAUCAACAUUGGAGAUCCGUGGAUGACGAGAUACACAGACCCCGAAGACGGCGAAGAGUGGUACCUGUUCACCUUCUCGACGAACACCAACGUGACGUUGAGGCGCUCGAGGUUUCUUACUGACAACUGGGACGAUGCCGAGACCAGGGUCGUCUUCAACCCGGAUGCCAGCUCAGGUGACCCGUGGUCAACGAGCUUGUGGGCUCCCGAGAUCCAUAACAUCUCCGGCUCGUGGUUUGUCAUAUUCACCGCUACUAGCGACGGGGAUAAUCCAGUACCGCUGCUGGAUGCCAUGUGCCCGAUCAACUGCCCCGCUAUCAACCAUCGCAUGUUCGUGCUCGAAGCAGAUGGACCGGAUCCAUGGACAGCAAGCUUCUCACUGAAGCCCAUGUUAGACACCUACGACCAAUUCGCCAUCGACGGGACGUAUUUCGCAUUCGAGAACAAGCUGUAUCACAUAUACUCUUGCUGGGAACAGAAGUAUUCAUCAUGGCCGGCGAACCUCUGUAUUACCAAGAUGUCGAACCCCUGGACAGUCAACUCGACGCUUGCUGAGCGCCGCAUCAUCAGUGUCCCCAACGAGCCUUGGGAACAAGUUCCGUACGGCCGGCCGAUUCGACUCGCGACGAAUGAAGGGCCCCAGCAGCUUACCAACCCCAUGACUGGCCAGAACUUCGUCAUCUACUCGGCAGCCCGAGUAAACACGCCUUUCUACUGUCUCGGUAUGCUUGAGCUGGUGGGCAAUGACCCAAUGGAGUACACCUCCUGGAGGAAACAUACAGCUGGGUGCGUGUUCCACCAGAAUACCGUGGCAGGGGUCUACGCAACAGGCCAUGCGAGCUUCACCACUUCUCCGGACGGAUCGGAGAACUACAUCGUGUAUCAUGCGCAGACGACGCCGAACCCAUCAGCGGAUAUAUAUCGCACUGCUCGUAUACAGAAGUUCACGUGGAACGAAGACGGGAUGCCGAAGUUCCCUUUGGCGGAGAAUGGACCCUUUCCGGCCCCGGCAGGCCAGAAGGCCCUGACAUAG